AUGAAAGCUCAUCGAAUUACGACCGACUGUGGACGUCAUGCGGCUGCGCCUUGGACAAAUCCCAAUCUUUCGGUUGUGCCUCCCCACAAGUUCAUCCUCGCUGAUCUCGCUACGACUCUGGCUCAACGUCUCAUCGUGUACUUCAAUUGCAAGAGUCAUCACAGCUCGAGGUUGCAAGAUGUGUUCUUUGAGUUCAAGACAUCGCCGCAAGGGGAUCGCGCGAAACAUGGCUGGUUCUUAAGGGAUCACGCAACUUGUCUUCGUGGCAUUUUAUACCUCAAUGCGGAAUCGAUGCUAACGUCCCCGCGCCUUCUCUACGACAUCAAACCGAAUUUGCGAAUAUACAUUCCUUGCGCAAGGCAGUCACGACGAGGAAUAGCAUCAACAGCCUUCGCUGAAAACCAAACCCACUAUCAUCAAUUCAAAAUGCGGUUCUUAAUCCUCGUUCCCGCCGUUAUGGUAUCUCUCACCCAGGCCAUUCCAACAUCGCACAUUGAACGACCCCACUUGAACAUGGAGCAAGGCAGUGGAGGUGUCUACAUGACAACCGAGCCCUUCUGGGGCUAUCGCGAGACGAAGGGGCUGUGGCAAUGGUUCAGGAUCAAGAACAAUGACUGCCACGAUCUUACUGUCUAUGACAAGCAAAUAUCCUCUUUCGGCCCUGACGAGGGCGUGAAAUGUAUUGUUUUUGAUAAACACCAAUGCAAAGGAAAAAGUCUGGAAAUCUUUUAUCCAGGGUAUGCGGAUAUGAGUUGGAAUAGUGAGUUCUUCCUUGUGGUUUUCCUUCAACUGCACUUUGGAGUGAAUGGAUGGAGGGAAUUUCGUGGCGGAUAUGAUUGUAUGCGCCGCAGAAUAGUGGCAAUGCAACGAAACCAUUCCAUGAUUGAGGAUUAUGAAGUUCCCUGUGCUCCACACUUUUAUUCACGUGCGUCAACUUUGCUCCAUUUCAUCCCCGCUUCCUCAACCCAUAAAUCCCCACUACCUUGGGACAAGGCUGCAAAACCGGCAUAUUCCACCACACCUCUUUCGAACCUCUAUGACCCGUUUAUCUCUUGGCCAAAACUCCACACCGCCGUAGAAUCGGUUUCAACAAGACUUGAAACCGAUGUGCUCAUAUCCUCAACCAGUUCACCGUUCGUGGGCAUCAUAUGCGACCCUGUAUCGAAAGGGAGGGUAUUGUGUUGGAGGGUGAGAGAUGAUGACAUUGAUGGUUUCGAGGGGGUUGGGGAUCGAGAUGACUUGUUACAUGAGAGAGGGCAUGAUGGGCAGAGUGGAGAGAGCGUCUGGUGGGGUUGGCUUUCGAUUAUUUUGAAAGCCGUGAGUGAACAAGAGAGACAUCGUCUUCAGGUUUUGAGGAAGUUGACGAAGGGCGUGGAGUCCGAAGUCGAAAGCAAGCUGUUGCAGGAGGUUUUCACCUCUCACGUUCAUACCGCUCGAGCUAGGGGCCAUCGUAAGACUAGCGCUCUUCUCAUGCGGCUCUUUGUCACACUCCUAGUGUGUAAGAUAUAG